GAAACCAUGGCCCGCAACGACACAGACUGCGGUGAUGGCGCCUUCGGGCCGGGCGUCUGGAGCCAAGGCUGUCGAGGCGGCUUUGACUUUACCUUGACGUUCGAAGAAAGCAUACUCACAAUCCUUCCCGCCGCCGUCUUCCUUGUCGUGGCCGGUGGCCGUUGCGUCUACCUCUUCCGUUCCCCAGACAAGACCAAACGCGAGGCAACGUAUACUCCCAAGCUGAUCACGGGCUGCUUGUAUGCCGCCCUCAACGUCGCGCUUCUCGCCGUCGUCGCAUCAUCUCCCCGCCAGGUCGGCUUCACACUCGCCAUCGCCGCCACCGUGCUCAGUCUCCUCGCGUCCUUCACCAUCGUCAUCCUCUCCCACGUCGAGCACGUCAAGUCCAUCCGCCCGUCCUUCUUGCUUACCAUCUAUCUCUUCGCCUCGCUUCUCUUCGACGCGGCCCGUCUGCGCACCGAGUGGCUCGUCGCCGCCUCCGCCAACUCGGCCUACGCCGGCGUCCUCUCCGCGUCCGCGGGGCUGAAGCUCUCCCUCUUGGUGCUGGAGACGGUCGAGAAGCGCAGCAUCUUGAUUACCGGCGGAGCCAGCCGGUCGCAUGAGAGCACCAGCGGCCCGCUCAGCCGCGGCUUCUUCGUCUGGCUCAACCCGCUGCUCAUCACGGGCUGGGCGACGGUGCUCACCAACAAUGACCUGCCGACCAUCAACGAGAGGCUCUCGUCGAGGCGCCUCGACAGGCGCUUCGCCACCAAGUGGGACAAGGCGACGGCUGGGGGACGCAAGCCAAUGCUGUUCUUGACGACCCUCAACGUGCUCCGAUGGGAGCUGCUGAGCAUUGCCCUGCCGCGCGUUGGGAUCAUUGGCUUGAGCAUCGCACAGCCGUACUUGGUGUCGAACGCCCUGCGUUUCUUGUCGAUGCCCAGCGGUGAGGCGACGACAAAUCUGGGCUACGGACUGAUUGGCGCCUUUGCAUUUGUCUUCAUCGGCUCCGCGAUACUCACUGCCUGGCACGAGCACCUCACUUUCCGCGCCGGCGCCAUGAUCCGUGGCGGCCUCAUCUCUCUUAUUUACCGAAAGAUGGUCCGCCUGCCCACCAAGCAACUAAGCGAGUCAUCGGCCGUGUCGCUCAUGGGCAACGAUGUCGAGAUGCUCACAGAGCGCAUCAACAUGCUGCUCGUCGAGUCUUGGGCAAACACAAUCACCGUCGCGAUUGCCAUGUGGAUGCUUACGCAACAGCUCGGCGCCGUGUCUGCGGCCCCGAUCAUCAUGAGUUUGAUUUGCUUGUUCCUCAACACCAUGAUCGGCCGCCUCAUGGUUCCUCGCCAGAUCACGUACCAAAAGGCGACCCAAGACCGCAUCAACUUCACGUCCGAGGUGUUGGGCUCGAUGAAGGCCGUCAAGAUGCUUGGCUACACUGACACCUUUGCCAAACUCAUCGAGACGAAGCGCGACAACGACAUCAACUCUGGCAAGCAGUUUCGUCUUUUGAAUGUGUGGGCCAAUGUCAUCACCAACGGCAACUUUGCCCUUACCCAGACGGCGACUUUUGGUGCGUACGCCAUUGCCGCCAAGGUAUCUGGCUCCGCGUCCUUCUCUGCCGCACAGGCCAUCACGGCCGUCUCGAUCCUCAACGUCAUGAUGUUGCCCCUCAGCUUCUUGCUCGGCAGCAUUCCGUUCUCCUUCUCGGCAUUUGGCUGCUUCAAGAGGAUCCAGGAGUUUCUCCUCUUGCCCGAGCGCGUUGACAACCGUGAUAUUCGGUCGGGGUUUGGCGACGGCAUCUCCGUGCGGUCCGCGGACGGCUCGUCGACCGACGGUGUCGAACUGCAGUCAUUCAAGCGCAAGGCAGACUCUUCGGCCUCUGUGGCGAUCACAGGAGGCAACUUUGACUGGGGCGAGAAGCCGGUUCUGCGUGAUAUUCACACCACGCUGCCCCAACACCAGACGGGCUCCCUGACCAUGAUCAUUGGGCCAAUCGGAUCUGGAAAGUCGACCUUUCUCAAGGCCAUACUUGGUGAGACGGCAUCCUCGAGCGGCCAUGUUUCUUUGAGCUCCCCGGCCGUGGCUUUCUGCGACCAAACCCCAUGGGUGCUCAACGCUACGAUCAGAGAGAACAUCAUUGCGGAGACGGAAGGGUUCAACGAGUCCUGGUUCAAGGCCGUCGUCGAGGCGUGUGACUUGGCCGUCGACCUUGGCCGCUUGCCCGACGGCGCCGCGACUAUCGUCGGCGACAAGGGCUUGAAGCUCAGCGGCGGCCAGAAGCAGCGUAUUGGUAUUGCACGCGCAGUUUACGCGAGGAAGCCCGUGGCCAUGUUUGACGAUGUAUUCAGUGGGUUAGACAAGGUCACGGAAAAGACCGUGUUCAACCGCGUCUUUGCGCAAGACGGGUUGCUGCGGAGGAGCGGGACUUCCAUCAUCCUCGCGACGCACGCUGUGCAUCAUCUUCCAGACUCUGACUAUGUCAUUGCGCUCAGCAAGGAUGGAUCGAUUGUUCAGCAGGGCAACUUUAACGAUCUGCGUUCCAGGGAAGGCUACGUGCGGGAGCUCGAUAUCUCGCUGUCGCACUCGGACAAGCCUGAUAAGGGCGCCGACGAGCAACACGAAGAUGGCGACAGCAGCAGCUACGAGAAGCAGCAGGCUGCCACAGAAGAGAUCGAGGAGCCUCAAGGCCGCGCCAGUGACCGAAGCACCUUCAAGUACUACCUUGCAUCGGUAACUUGGUUAAACAUUAUCCCCGCGGGCUUGUACAUUGUACUGCACACGUUCUUCUACAUGUUCCGGUACAUCUGGCUCACCUGGUGGGGCGAAGGCAAAGGCCAUGCAAGCACCGAUGUGGGCUAUUGGCUCGGCUUGUACGUGUUCAUGGCCGUCGUCGAGAUUGCAGGUGUUUCCCUGGCCAUCAUGCAAGGAUUACUCUUCAUGGGUCCGACGAGUGGAAAGACGUUGCACACUAGAGUGCUCAACGCGGUCAUGAAUGCACCCCUUUACUUCUUGUCCAAGCAUGAGACAGGCUCGCUCGUCAACCGGUUUAGCCAAGACAUGAGACUCGUCGACAUUGUGCUGCCUAUUUCCCUCAGCGUAUUUAUGUUUGAAGUGACGUUGUGCUUUUCCGUCGCUGGCCUCGCCAUCAGCGCCGUGAGCUAUUUUGCAAUCUGCAUUCCCUUUGUCGCGGCUGUCCUCGCCGUCAUCCAGCGAUUCUAUGUCCGCACGUCGAAGCAGCUGCGUCUCUUGGAAAUUGAGCACAAGGCCCCGCUGUACUCUCAUUUCCUCGAAUCCAUCAAUGGCCUCGCCACGAUACGCGCUUUCGGCUGGAUCGGUCCCUACGUCGAAAAGGGCAUGGACCUCGUCGACAACGCGCAGAAGCCGUCGUAUCUGCUCUACUGCAUCCAACGCUGGCUCACCCUGGUCCUCGACCUUGUCGUCGCCGGGCUUACCAUCUUGCUGGUAGCGUCUGCGGUCGCUCUGCGUGGCAAGGUCAACCCGUCGCUGCUGGGCAUCGCGCUCGUCAACAUGAUGGAUCUGGGCAACAACCUCAAGGGCAUCGUGCUGCAGUGGUCGACCCUGGAGACGUCGCUGGGUGCCGUGACGAGGAUCAAGAACUUUUCGGAGAAUGCGCCCUCCGAGAGCCUCCCCGAGGAGACAAGAGUGCCGAGCGCGCGGUGGCCAGGCCGCGGUGACUUGGAGCUCCGGAACGUAUCCGUGCAGUAUGACUCUACCGAGGAACCUAUUCUGCACAACCUCUGCAUGAGCAUAGAGCACGGCGAAAAGAUUGGACUUUGCGGACGUAGCGGUAGCGGCAAGAGCUCCACCAUCCAGGCUCUGCUGCGUCUCGCCAACAUUGUCGAAGGCCAGAUUAUUCUCGACGGCGAGGACAUAACACGCGUGCCGCGCUCGCUCCUCCGCGAGAGGCUCAGCUGUCUGACGCAAGAGCCGUUUCUCUUCACGAACACGAUCCGCUUCAACAUGGAUCCGCUCAGCGAGCACAAGGACAGCGAUGUAGUGGCGGCACACGAGCGCGUUGGCUUAUGGACGGUGAUUCGCACGAAGCUCGGGGACGAGAAGCAGUCGCCCCUGGACGAGAAGAUGGACGAGACGUUCUUCUCGCAUGGGCAGCGACAGCUGCUUUGCUUGGCACGGGCGCUGUUGAAGCGAAGCUGCGUCCUUAUUCUAGACGAGCCGACAAGCAGUGUUGAUGGUCAAACAGACGCCAAGAUCCAGGAGGUGAUUCGCACAGAGUUCAAGGAUCGCACCAUCGUCAUGAUUGCGCAUCGGCUUGACACGUUGCUAGACUUUGACAAGGUGGCGGUCCUAGAUAGGGGAUCGCUGAUGGAGUACGACUCGCCGGGGCGGUUGCUGCGCGACGCAGAUAGCUACUUUGCGCGACUAUACCGAGCCGAGACGUCGAGGGGACGAGACAAGGAGGCGCCUAGCAGGGCAACAGACAUAUGAGGCGGAAGCCCUCGUUAUAUAUGCAAUGUUUACA